AUGGGGCAGUCGCCGUCCACCCCCGAAAUGACCAAGGAGCUCGAGCCCACUGAUGAAGAUUCACCAGAUGAUGCCGGGUCAUGGGAGACCGAUUCAACAGGGAACUACUCAGAAUGGAGCGGCGUCGAUGAGAAGGAGCCUGAAGAACCGUGCCAAACAACAACGACUCCGGAGUUCCUCCAAUGGCGGGAACAGGUCGAAGAGAAGUUGUCUCUCCUCGAGAAGAGCAUGGACCCUUUGACAGCAAGAGCGCAGUACAACUUUGAGAACAGCCCAAUCUAUAGCGCCCCAGACGAGAUCCUUCUCAUGGCUAUGCGAUAUCUCAACGACGAAGACGAGGUCGCCUUCUUCUCUCUACGCCAAGUCUCGAGACGCUAG